AGAAAUUUUAGCAGUAUUCAGUUGAAUUUAAGCAGUUUCAGAAAGAAAACUAUCGCAUCUGAAGAUCAGAGCUAUAGAGCCGGUGAAGCCCGAGGCCAGUCUGAGGAGAGGACUAUCCAGAUGAUGGAAAGCAUGAAGGAUAAGGCAAGAGAAACCAAGGAUAAGACUGCCGAGACCGCGCACGCAGCCAAAGAGAAGACGGCCCAGGCAGCCCAAGCAGCCAAAGAGAAGAUCGCCCAGACAGCCCAAGCAGCCAAAGAGAAGACAGCUCAGACGGCCCAGUCGGCCAAAGAGAAGGGCUCGGAGACCACAGAGGCAGCGAAGCAGAAGACGCAGGAGACAGCCCUGGCGGCUCGAGAGAAGGCCGAAGCUGGGAAGGAGAAGACGGGUGGCAUACUCCAGAAGACUAGAGACCAAGUGAAAAGCAUGGCUCAAGGUGCUGCAGGGGCAGUGAAGCAUACUUUCGGGUUUGACAGCACUGGUGAUGAUCAUGAGUAUGGAAAUAAUAAGACCACAACAAAUACCACUACUUAGAGGAGGGAAUAUUAAUAGAUUAGUGUUUAAAUAUGCAACAAGUUGUUCGUUUGUGCUGUGUCUGUUUUAACCUCUAAAGGGCAUGUUUUUGUGUCUCUUCAUGAGCUGUAAAUGAAGGAAUAUUAUCUUAAAAUCGUUUGUGUUUUUAGACUUGCACAGAGUCCCUUCUUUACUGGUGAAUAAAAGUGGGUUAAUUUCUGUUUU